AUGACUUCAACACUCGGAAAGUGCGAUCCCAAAUUUGAUAAUGUCCGAGUCAAGCUUCAAGAACUCCUCGACUCCGGCGAGGAGGUCGGCGCUUCUCUCACUGUCACCAUCGAUGGCGAGGAUGUCGUGAACCUUUGGGGCGGCUUUGCAGACGCGGCUCGCACCCGGCCCUGGGAGGAGGAUACCAUCGUCAACGUAUUUUCGUCGACUAAGACUAUCUGCGCUCUCUCCGUUCUUCUCCUCAUCAACGACGGGCAAAUUUCGCCGUACGACAAAGUCUCGAAGUACUGGCCCGAAUUCGCCGUCAACGGCAAGGAGGACGUUGAAGUUCGCCACCUGUUGGCUCACACCUCCGGCUUGGCUAUCUUUGAAGAACCCUUGGGGUCGAUGGAGAACCUCUGCGAUGUGAAGCUAUGCACAUCGAGACUCGAACAGCAGGCUCCCCGCUGGACGCCCGGCACGGCCUCCGGAUAUCACUCUUGGACAUACGGCUACCCGAUCGGAGAGCUCAUCCGCAGGAAGACGGGCUUGAGUCUCAAGGAAUACGUGGCUCAGAAAAUUGCUGGUCCACUCGGCGCAGACUUUCAAAUCGGCGCCAAAGAGGAAGAUUGGCCUCGUGUUGCGGAGUUGAUCCCGCCUCCUCCUUUCCACCCGCCCUUGGCAGAUCUGCCGCCGGACUCCAUUCCAACGAAGAUGCUGAACCCUAUACCCGAUCCUAACUUCGCCAACACCCCGACGUGGAGAAAGGCCGAGAUUGGUUCAGCCAACGGUCACACCAACGCCAAAGCGCUCGCGAAGAUCUGGUCGAACGCACUCACGACAAGUGACGAGAGCAAGCGGCUGUUAUCCAAGCAGACAAUCGACCUCAUCUUCACCGAGCAGUCGUAUGGACCGGAUUUGGCCAUCGGCCUGCCUGUUCGUUUUGGCGUCGGACUUGGCCUCCGAGGUAAUGGUGAUGCAGCCAUUGAUCACUGGCUUCCGGAGGGUCGUCUCUGCUUCUGGGGAGGCUGGGGUGGAUCUAUGGUUAUCAAUGAUGUUGAUCGUGGUGUCACGAUUUGUUAUACGAUGAACAAGAUGGGCCCCGGGAUUGCAGGAAAUAAUGCAAUUCAACAGUACGUGGCGGAGAUUUACCAGGCUUUGGGGGUUUCCAUAUAA